GCUGCUUUUAAACUCUUAAGUUUCGUCUCAGCGUGGUUGACAUGUGGACUUCUGGAGUUCUCCAUCCAUGAGCACCACCAUGGCGAGAAUGUUCUGGUGAAGACAAUCUGGUUCGGUGUGGUAUCCCAGGUCACCCCUGCCCCCUGCCCUCUAAAUGAAACCGAGAGCGUCCCUCUUCCCUCUUUCGUCGCCUGGGAGUCGCCAAGAUUAUCGCCAGUGAUUGACACAUGAACACAAACAUGGUUUCCGACGGGCUCUGCCCCAACAUCACAUGCAACGACACGACGGUGAAGGGCGACAGCAAGCCGGCGACGAGCAUCAUCAUGUUCUUGGCCGGCGUGGUGGGCAACCUUCUGGCCCUCUUCAUCCUGGGCGUGCACCGUAAGGAACACCGCUCCAGGUCGUCUGUCUUCUCCAUCCUGGUGACGGGACUGGCCCUCACCGACCUGCUGGGCACGUGUCUCCUCAGCCCGCCCGUGUUCAUCUGCUACGCCCGCAACGUGUCCCUCAUCGGCCUGGGCGGCGGGGGCCUGUGUCAGCUGUUCGGUUGUGCCAUGAGCUUCUUCGGCCUGGCACCCACCCUCAUCCUGUGCGCAAUGGCCGUGGAGCGCUGCCUGGCUAUUAGCCACCCGUACUUUUACUCGGUGCACAUCCGCCGCAGCUUCGCCAAGGUCACGCUGGUCAUUAUUUACCUCUUCUCCUUAGCCUUCUGCCUGCUGCCGCUUGGUGGCAUCGGCAAGUUCAGGCAGUACUGCCCGGGCACCUGGUGCUUCAUCGAUAUGGACGCCACGGGGGACGCCAACGCCGAGCGGGUGCAGGCCUUCUCGCUGUCGUACUCGUCCCUCAUGGCGCUGCUCAUCCUAGCCGUGUUCGUAUGCAACGGCUCGGUGAUCGUGAGCCUCUGCCGUAUGCACCGCAGCCAGGUGAUGCGGCGAGGCUCUGUGGGCUCCGCCGGCAGGAGGAGGAAGCUGAGCCUGGCCUGGUUCGGACCCGGCGAGGAGGAGAUGGACCACCUGGUGCUGCUGGCGCUCAUCACUGUUAUUUUUGCGGUCUGCUCGCUGCCACUUACUAUCGCAGGCUUCAUCAACGCCAUUCGCCCGUUUUGCGGCGACGACGAGAACCUGACCGCCUUCCGCUUCUACGCCUUCAACCCCAUCGUGGACCCCUGGGUCUUCAUCAUCUGCCGUAAGUCCGUCUUGAGACACCUGCGCUCGCUGCUGAGCUGCCGUUUCGGCAAAGGGGCCGGUGUGAAGAACCCGGCCAACAGUGCCAUGUCUUUGCCCCUGGAGGCCCACAUCCGGCGCCACUCUUCCGACGCGUUGCAGAGCAACUUCUACUCGGGGUUGCCGGCGUCGCCUAGUAAAAGCUCGCCGCUGUGCAAGUGAUGGAGGCCGCUUGAAUAAAGACCGCUCGGUACUGGCCAGUGACUCUUCGGACUGGUGCGCGUGCGACCGAGAGCGCUGCGAGUCGAGGGACACGUUGAGGUCAUGUGACCAAUAAUGGCUAACAUACUGUAACUUAGCCCCGCCCACCAUAGCCACAACCUUAGGUAUUGAGACCGCUCUUUUGUUAUAAGAUGAUGCUAGUGUUCCUAAUAAUGUGGCCGUGGGGUGUUAUUCAUGAACGUUUACAGUUGAUUCUCAACCAAAGAUGAAGGGAUUUGAUUGGCCAGGACUUUUCAGUGUUGCGUAAGUUGAUAUUUAUAUAAGAAGACGGUGAAAUUUCCCCACGUGAAUUAUUGGUGUGGAGGGGUUUUACUCAAAUGACCAAGUAUCGGUUCGUUGAUCAAGUGUGAGCAUCUGAACCUUGCCCAGCAGGCACAAGACAUUGAUACAACGUUGAUUGUACACCAUAUUGCCAAAAGUAUUUGGCCACCCAUCCAAAUUAUCAGGAUCAGGUGUCCUAAUCACUUGGCCCGGCCACAGGUGUUUAAAAUCAAGCACUUAGGCAUGGAGACUGUUUCUACAAAUAUUUGUGAAAGAAACAAUUUCCAGCGUGGAACUGUCAUAGGAUGCCACCUGUGCAACAAAUCCAGUCGUGAAAUUUCCUCGCUACUAAAUAUUCCAAAGUCAACUGUCGGCUUUAUUAUAAGAAAAUGGGAGAGUUUGGGAACAACAGCAACCCAGCCACAAAGUGGUAGGCCCCGUAAACUGACAGAGAGGGGUCAGCGGAUGCUGAAGCGCAUAGGGCAAAGACUUUCUGCACAGUCAGUUGCUACAGAGCUCCAAACUUCAUGUGACCUUCCAAUUAGCCCAUGUACAGAACGCAGAGAGCUUCAUGGAAUGGGUUUCCAUGGCCGAGCAGCUGCAUAAAAGCCAUACAUCACCAAGUCCAAUGCAAAGCAUGUUGCCACUGGACUCUAGUGCAGUGGGGACGCCUUCUCUGGACUGAUGAAUCAUGCUUUUCCAUCUGGCAAUCUGAUGGACGAGUCUGGGUUUGGAGGUUGCCAGGAGAACGGUACAUUUCGGACUGCAUUGUGCCGAGUGUGACAUUUGGUGGAGGAGGAAUUAUGGUGUGGGGUUGUUUUUCAGGAGUUGGGCCUCAUUUCCAGUGAAAUGAACUUUGAAUCCUCCAGGAUACCAAAACAUUUUGAACAAUUCCAUGCUCCCAACCUUGUGGGAACAGUUUGGAGCGGGCCCCUUCCUCUUCCAACAUGACUGUGCACCAGUGCACAAAGCAAGGUCCAUAAAUACAUGGAUAACAGACUCUGGUGUGGAUGAACUUGACUGGCCUGCACAGAGUCCUGACCUGAACCCAAUAGAACACCUUUGGGAUGAAUUAAAACGGAAACUGAGAGCUAGGCCUUCUCGACCAACAUCAGUGUGUGACCUCACUAAUGCGCUUUUGGAAGAAUGGUGGAAAAUUCCUAUAAACACACUCCGCAACCUUGUGGUCAGCCUUCCCAGAAGAGUUGAAGCUGUAAUAGCUGCAAAAGGUGGACCGACAUCAUAUUGAACCCUAUGGGUUAGGAAUGGGAUGGCACUUCAAGUUCAUAUGUGAGUUAAGGCAGGUGGCCAAAUACUUUUGGCAAUAUAGUGUAUGUACAUGUCCUUUAAAACUGACUGUAAAAAACUGCUGCAAAAUAGUAUUUGUAAAUUGAGACAAGGUUGAUGUCCAAGGUUGGAUCCAUGUUGUUGAUUGGGAAAUCAACGUCACAACCUGACAUUGAAUAAAUGUCGUCAAAAAGCAUGUUGUUUCAACGUUGCAUUUGUGUUGUAGAAUAUUGGUUGGGAAACGACCAAAAAUCAAUGGUCAAAUCAACGUCGGCAAAAGGGAUGUUGUUUCAACGUUAUGUUUGAGUUGCUCAGCGUCAGGACCUCAUUGAACAAGUUGUCAAUGUUGUUAUAAAGUCUUGUGCCUGCUGGGUGGUAUGCACCAGACAACUGGACCAGUUUGAGACACUUGAGCUCCAAAUGGCUUCACAGACCAAAGACACGACGGGCGAGUCAGCAAAAAGCAUGCAGAAGUGACAAAUGUCUGAUGAAGUACCGUACCAAGUUUAUUUAUAGAGCCUUUUAAAAAUGCAUUGGAAAUGCUGUCUCUCUGCUCUGCUCUCUCUGCGCGUCUGUGUGUGCUCUGUAAAAGUAUGUUUUGGAAGCUUUUUGUCAAAUACGGGCUGGUAAAAUAUAGCAGCAGAAUAUAAUAAUUUGUCACGAAUGGUGUCCUAAGUUCAUCCUUUUGUGCAUACGUCGUGGACCAAAUUUAGCCAAACGUCCUAAAUCCGAUACCUACACGGGUGCUCAAAACAUGGAGAUAUUUAUUUAUGUCGAUUCUUAAUCGAUCCAUAAUUUUUGAAUAUCGGUAAAAAAAAAUUUUUUUCGCUAUUGUUUUAAGAAUCAAUUUUUAAAUAAAAACAUUAUACAACCAUUAUUGAUUUUAUUGUUAUUAAUACUGUUUUUAUUUUAUUUUAUUUUUGUCUUCUGAAUUGCUUUGUGAAUUUAUUUUCGAAAAAUUUAUGUAAAUGAAAUUUUAACAUUUAAAAAAAAAAUGUUUUUUUAGGCCAACACUGCCCGUAUAAGUCCUAUGUCAGCAGCCAAGAGGAGCUUUUGUAACCUAUAAGCUGUUUUGAAAAGGUUUUAUUGUAAUUUACACACCAAAACAGAUUGCAAGAAUUGUAUUGAAUCGGGUUCUGAAUCGAAUCCUCUCCCCAAGAAUCGGAAUCAAAUCGAGUCGUGAGGUGCCCAAAGAUUCCCACCUACAGUAUUUAUAUUGACCUCUUUCAAGCUCACACAAUCACUGAUGGUACAGUAACUAGUUGCCAUCUAUUUGUUUGCACGAAUUCAAUGAAACUUUAUUAUUCACAUAAGUGUGUUUCACGCUUAAAACGUUUAGAAAUUCCCAAAUUGAAUGUACACUAUUUAUAUUUUCAGUAUGUUGUGACACCACAAAAUAGGAUUUAAACCCCAACGUCUUUGCAUGGACAUUUGAUGGUCUAUCUCAGUGGUUCUCAAACUUUUCUCACCGAGAACCGCCUCAGAAAACACGUGGCUCCCCUAUUGCCACCAUAAUGACCAACAUUAAAACACAGAAGCGCAGUAGGCCUAAGUAUUCAUUAAAAGCAAUGCUUUAUUGAGCAAAUGUAUUUAAUAUUUUUGGCCACUGUAACAUUACACACAGUUUGAAUAUAGAACAAUAAAACACUGUGCUUAAAUAACUAAUCAAAUAAAAUUAAUUGCACAUAAUUAAGUGAUUAUUUCUUUGGUGCAGCUGUGACUUGUAGUUGUGAGUGGCGGCUUUUGCAAAUGUAUUUAUUAUGCCUUAUUAAUUGACAUUCAUUCGUGCAUGACGCCGACACAGGUGCUUGUUGUGACUCGUUGCACAGUGACAUGUGAUUCCAUUAGGAUGAACGUAAGAUUUUUUAAAUUGCACUGUACUUUUUUUUUUCUGUGUGAGAAAUGCAAUGUUAGCAAAGAAAACAGGUAUGGUACUGCAUGUAUAAAGUGUAU